CCAACAUCCAAAUUCCGUCCUAAUUCUAAAUCUGAUACCAAGGUUAAAGAUAUCUAUAAGGGAGGGCGGUAUUUAUAUAAUAUUAUCAAAUGUGUACCAGAAUAAUUAAGCUAUAAACACAGCAAAUGUAUAAAAAUAAUAUACUAUUUAUCAUUCGCCUCAUUUUAUGAAACUGUUUGUAACUUUCCUGUACCUGUCCCUAUUUAAAAACUAUUAAGGUAUGCAUAGCCCUUAGAUCAUAGCACGGUCUUAGAACUUAGAAGAUCUAAAACCGUGGAUCAUAGUGUUGAACACUAGUGUUCUAUGGUGUUAUCUAUGAGUUUAGUUUAUUGAUAAUAAAGGCGUCAUUUUACCGCCACUCCGGGGAAACAUCGCUUCACCACUAAUUUUUAUAGAAGUGGCUUAUCGGUUUCUUUAUUAUCUAUGAAUCACGAAUUAAUAUAUAUCUGUAUAUCUUAAUAGAUUCAAUGAAUAAACCUUGAAUGGUCGCGGGGUCACCCAUAGAGUAAUACUCUAGGGAUCACCUUGCACCAAAUAUCUAUAUAUUGAUAAGAAAAAGAGAAAUAAUAGAUGUCAUGCCAAAACUAUAGAAUUAUAUUACUAUGGAACAUAUGGAUCUUACCAAAACAACGGAUCUCUAUAUCAUAAUUAAUUGUAUUAUCACUGAUUAUAUUAUCUGUGGUAUUAUUAAAUUGUUUUGUAAAAGAUAUUCUUUUUUCAAUUAAAGGAUACAAAAUUUUUUAAAAAUGACAUCUUUCAAAUUACUUGUCUGUUUAUUUUGUAUAGUUAUUAGUGAUUUUUGUAUUUCAGUAAGUUAAAAAUGUUGUAACCAGUUGUUAAGUUGUUUUAAGCAUCAUAGUUGCUCGCUUUUGGAUGGAUAUCCACCUGGAAGCAUUAAUAACCAAUAGUAGUCAAAAGCCACCUAUUUUUAAAUGCAAAAAAAAAAAACUAAAUUAUAUGAAAUAUUUCUUUUCUAUUUUCAGGAUUCAAGUUAUGAUUCAAUAUCUAAUAUUUAUCUAGAACAUGAAUUAAUUCCUGGUGCUGGAUUUAUUAAAUACAACUCUAUUGUUGUAAACUUAGAAACUAGGAAUGACGUUAUAUCUGAAACUAUUAUCAAUGAUUCAGAUUUGAAGUUAUUAAAAGUAAUAAUGUAAUAAAUAAAAAUUAACAAUUUAUUUAAAAAUAUGUUUACAGGAAUUAGCAUUUAACAAUGAAUUGUACAGAUUAAAAGUAACGGUGAAAACAUUAUCCGGAAAAGAAACCAGUUUUCUGACAUUCACCAAAGCGUGUCUUAUAAUUGGAUCUAAAUUUAAUGAUAUUUUAACUUUACACUUGGAUCAUUUGGAUUCUCCAUUUGCAGUUAACUUAGCUACAACAUUUAGCAAUUGUAACAAUUUGCAUGAUUUGAGUACAAAUAAAUUUACAACUACUGUAUUUUUCAGAAGACCAGAAAGUAGUCCUGUGUAUGUAUUUAUUUAUUUUUAUAGAAUAUAUUUUUACAAAAAAUAUAAAAUUUAUUGGUUCUUAGGCCUGAUACUGCAACUUAUAUUCAAAAGAUGGAGCGUGAACGAGAAGCAAGAGAAAAAGGGAAGUCAAAUAAUAACAAAUCUAUGCUUGGAAAAUAUGUAAGUUAAAUUUAAGUUUUUUUGUGAUCUUCAAAUGUUAGUUAUUUUAUAGAUAAUAAUUUAAACUUAAAUUAAUGUGCAUAUUACAAUAAGAAUGAAGCUUAAUAUUACCCAUACAAUUAAAUUGAUUACUUUAUGUACUAUCUAUCAAAAUAGUAUAGUUAAAUUUUGUUGUACUUAUGCUAUUGGUGUUUAACUUUUAUUAUUCAUAUAAAUAAUUAGUGAUUAUUAUCUUUUGAGUCACGUGUAACUUAAUCACUUUAGUAGUUUAUUCUUUAUCUCUAUAAUUUAAUUCUCACCAACAAUUAUUCAUUUUUUCAGUGGAUGUACAUAUUACCAUUGGUCAUAUUCAUGAUGAUUGCUGGCGCAUCAAAUCCAGAAACAAGACAGUAAAUGCAAAAUAAUUUUACACCAAAAAUUGAUCUAUAUUAUUUAUUAUACAUUUAUAACAAUAAAUUUAUUAGUAUUUUAUCUUUAAAUAGAAUAUUUUUAGUUAUAAUAUAAUAACACUUUAUUUAUAAAGUAAUGGAAUACCUACUAAAAAAAUGUAUUAAGUUUUCACAACAUAACCAGGUUCACUAUUAUGUUGAAAUACACACUGUCCAUUAAUCCAUGUAGAUUGGACGUUCAACUUACUUCCCAAAAACACAAAAUCAGCAUCAGCUCCAUAGUUAAGUGUACCUUUAGAAUUUUGUAUUCCUAAAACUUGUGCUGGAUGUAAAGUUAUUGUUUCAAUUGCUUCAGCAACGCUACAAUCUUUAAAGGUAAUUUAUUUUUACUUUACAUUAAACUAUAAAUAAUAAUUUUUAAACUUACUUGUUGAUUUAAUAAAAUAUCGCAUACAUUCAUCUAAUGAGGUCACACUUCCACAUAAUGUAUUUGUGUUGGCAAUGUAUGCUUUUGAAUUUUUAACUUCUAUCGGUUUAUCGCCUAAAUAAUGAAUUCCAUCUGGUAAUCCUAAGGCAGAUAGAGCAUCUGUUACUAAUACUAGUCCUUUUGGAUUAACUUUAUGUGCAAUUUGCAAAGCAGUCGGAUGAGUAUGACCACCAUCAGCUAUAAUACCAAAAUAUAUUGGUUUUUCAUCAUAAGGUAAGUAUGUAAUUAAUCCAAUCAGCCCAGGUUCUCUGUGAUGAAACUGUAAAUAAUUUGUUCAAAUUAUGUUUUUUUAUAAUUAUAUAAAUAUACAUACUGGAAGCAUUGCAUUAAACAAAUGUGUAAUAAAAGUAGCUCCACUUUUUAUUGCUUGUAUGCUAGUUUCCAUAUCUGAUGAUGUGUGUCCCAAGGACACAACUAUUCCAUUGUCAGAUAAUAACUUGAUAAUAUCUGUCGAACCUUCAAGCUCUGGGGCUAAAGUUACUAUUCCUAUAUUUUCUAAACUACCAUAAGUGUCUGUAAGAUUAAAAUUCCUUAAAGUUUUUAAAUUUGAUGUAUUGUGUGCACCAGGUUUUUGACUACUUAUAAAAGGACCUUCAACAUGUGCCCCUAAAAUUGCAGCUCCGUGUUCACUGCCAUGACAACGUUUGAAUUUAGGUAGAAUCUA